AAGUGACUUAAGUAGGUAACUAUAAGUUAUUUGUCAUACAUGGCCCAGCAAUUAGAAACUAAUUAACGUUUGGUGAUAAUUGUGCUACAUUUUCUCAGUUCAUUGUUGGAAAGUUAAGUAACAGUCAGUGAUUAAAAUGUUGCUUUAUUCAUUUCUGUGUAUUGCUGCAGCAGUGCAUUUUAAUACGGCGCACUCACAGCAUUACGACGACGAGGACGACUACUUUUCAUCAGAAAUCGGAUUGUAUAAUACAAACCAACGUGAAAAUUCGCGCCCUCCGGCCACCUCCUUCCAAUCUUCCGCACCAACUCUUCAGGUUCCGCAACCGACAAAUCCCAAUGCAAAUGUCAACACUCGCGUCUCAUCUCCACCACUUCAAAAACUGCCUCCCGGAAUUACCAUCGUAUCAAACCAGCAAAACAGAGUCCCAAACUUAAGUAGCAAUGCUGCUUUCCCUCCAAGCAACCCACCAAUCCAGCAAAAUAGCGGACAAAACAUAGGUAACAUUCCUCCCGUUAGAAACCCACCAGUUCAGCAAAACAGGAGACCAAAUCCCAACGACGGUGGGGGUGCUCCAAUGAGGGAACCUCCGAUUAUCAGCUCGACGACUCAAUUUCCGUUUACAACAACCGCUCCGCCCGCUUUUCGAAGAUGCAUACAAACUUGCGGCGUGACAGCAGAAUACAGCCCAGUGUGCGGUACCAACAGAGUUACCUAUAACAAUAUGUCGCGCUUCCGGUGCGCACAAUAUUGUGGACUUAUCGUGGAAUUGAGCAAUAUUGGACGCUGCCCAUAGGAUAAAUAAUAUUUUUUAGCUGUCAACUUGAAUAAUUAUUUCCGGUUAAAAAUUAAAUCCGCAAAUAUAAUUCGUUGUGAAAACGACCAAAUGCACUACCUAAA